AUGCGUCUCUCCAUCCUCCCCCUCGCGGCCCUCGCACCGCCCGCCCUAUCCGCCUCUCUAACGCUCUACCUCCCCGCCAUCCCCAACCCCUUCACCCUCCCCCCCUCCACGCACGCAACCCUCUCAACCCUCAACGCCGCGCACUCAACCCCCAUCACCACCCUCAACACCUUCGUCUUCCACAACGUCACUCCCGGCUCCUACCUCGCCGACAUCCACUCCAAGACAGACGGCUUCCGCCCCAUCCGCAUCGACAUCACGCUCCUCGACGACGGGUCCGAGGCCCUCCACGCGUGGGACACGUUUCGCGGCAACGAAUGGGGCAAUAAGGGGGAGGUUCUGCCCGUGAAGCCCGGCAGCGCGGGCUGGGGCGUCGAGGUGAAGAGCCUGGGGAAGAAGAUUUACUUUGUCGACCGGCCGACGUUUUCGCUGUUGGACAUUUUGAAGAAUCCCAUGAUUUUGAUGGGUCUGGUGAGCAUGGUCAUCUUUUUUGGGAUGCCGAAGCUCGUUGAGAAUAUGGACCCCGAGAUGAAGGCCGAGUUUGAGGCUCGUCAGCGUGAAGGGCCGAUGGCCGGUAUGGGCGGCCAGCAGAAUCCGCUGGGGAACUUUGACAUGGCUGCCUUUUUGGCGGGUUCGAAUAAGAAGGAGGGGGGUGAGGGGGGAAGUGUUAGCGACGGGAGAAAUGAGCCUGUUCGGCGGUGA